UGAGAGACAACUCUAAAUUUGAACAAGAUGUCUGUAAAAAUGAAGGCAGCAUUAUUCCUCCUACAGCUGAGUGGCUUCUUUGGAUCUGGGAGUGCUGGGAAGGUGCUGGUGUGGCCAAUGGAAUACAGUCAUUGGCUCAACUUAAGGACAAUCCUAGAUGAACUUGUGAAGAAGGAUCAUGAAGUGACGGUUCUGAUACCCUCAGCCUCCCUUUCUUAUGAGGUUGGAGACACAUCUGCUAUUGAGUUUGAGAAAUAUCCUGCAUCUUUAUCCAUGGCUGAAUUGGAGGAACUUUACAAGGACUCACUCAAUAAAUACAUUUAUGAGCUGCCAAAGCAAUCAUUUUGGGGAUACUUUUUAUUAUAUCAGGAAUUGGCUUGGGAAGAUUCAAAAUAUUGUGAAAGUCUCUGCAAAGAUGCAGUUUUUAACAAGGAACUCAUGGCAAAACUACAAAAUUCAAGCUUUGAUGUCAUAGUAGCCGAUCCCUUUGUGCCCUGCGGUGACCUGCUGGCUGAGAUUCUCAAGAUACCACUUGUGUACAGUCUGCGAUUCUUCCCUGGAUCCACACAUGAGAAGUACAGUGGAGGACUACCACUGCCUCCUUCCUAUGUGCCCGUUGCUCAGUCAGAAUUGAGUGAUCGAAUGACAUUCAUGGAGAGGGUACAAAAUCUGAUUUUUAUGCUUUCUUUUGACUUUUGGUUCCAAAUAUUUAAUGAGAAGAAUUGGAAUCAGCUUUACAGUGAGGUCUUGGGAAGACCCACAACACUCUCUGAGAUGAUGGGGAAGGCAGAUAUAUGGCUCAUUCGGACCUAUUGGGAUUUGGAAUUUCCUCACCCUGUCUUACCAAACUUUGAGUAUGUUGGAGGACUCCACUGCCGACCUGCCAAGCCUCUGCCAAAGGAAAUAGAAGACUUCGUCCAGUCUUCCGGAGAACAUGGUGUGGUGGUGUUUUCCCUGGGGUCCAUGGUGGGUGCCGUAACAGAAGAAAGGGCCAAUGUGAUUGCAGCAGGCCUUGCCCAGAUUCCACAGAAGGUUCUUUGGCGAUUUGAAGGCAAGAAGCCAGACACCUUGGGCUCCAACACUCGGCUGUACAAAUGGAUUCCCCAGAAUGACCUUCUUGGUCAUCCUAAAACCAAAGCUUUUAUAACUCAUGGUGGCACCAAUGGCAUCUAUGAGGCAAUCUACCAUGGGAUCCCUGUGGUGGGCAUUCCUUUGUUUGGAGACCAAUUUGAUAAUGUUGUUCACAUGAAGACCAAAGGAGCAGGGGUUCGAGUGGACUUUCUCACAAUGUCCAGCACAGAUUUACUCCAUGCUGUGAAGACAGUCAUUAACGACCCUUCCUAUAAGGAGAACGCCAUGCGGCUAUCAAGAAUCCACCACGACCAGCCCGUGAAGCCCCUGGACAGGGCCGUCUUCUGGAUCGAGUUUGUCAUGCGCCACAAGGGAGCCAAGCACCUUCGCGUGGCAGCGCAUGACCUCACCUGGUACCAGUACCACUCUCUAGACGUACUUGGAUUCCUGCUUGCUUGCGUGCUGACUGUGAUGUUCGUCAUCACAAAGUGUUGCCUCCUUUGCUGCCAGAGAUUUACUAAAUCUGGAAAGAAGAAGAAAAGGGAGUAGCUGAAGUGGGGAGGCCUGACACAUGGACCUGCUCCAGUGCAUCACAGCGGGGGAGGAUUUCCAUCAUAUCCCUUAGUUACAAUUGAUCUGGACACUGUCACUCUUAUUUCAGCCUUUUGAAGCAGACUUGAGCUUUCAAAAAUUCCAUUUUUUCUCACUUAUAGAGCACACAUGGAUGACAAGACCACAGUUUUUUAAGUCCCAACAACACCUAACUCAAAUUAUAUUCCAAAUCUGAAAUGUCCCCCAGAAUCUCACAAUUUGUUUGGUGGAUUUUGUAUAAUUUAUUAAUUUAGAAACUCUUACCUCGAUUCAGUGAAAUAUUAAAUUCAUCUCUCAUGAUCACAUUCCUACUUCCCACUGGAUCUCCUCUAAUAUGUCCCAAUUCCAACUUUAUGUCCUCUUAUUUUAUUUUUAAUAACUUUGUAAGUCCAAUUAGUACUGUCUGUAGAAGCAUACAUGCAUUCGUGGAGGGACAUUGCUGGAUCAUGAGAAGUGUACCCAUGUACACGCAAUCCUCUUGAUAGUAUUCAGUUCCUUCCAGAAUCCAUGGCUGCCAACAGAUUUUUAUUUAUGGGUGGAGUAUUAGGAGCUCCUCCCCAUUUAUUGUGGAAUUUUGGUCUCUUGAUCUUAUGCAAGUCCUAUUAGCUGACAGAUUCGUUGAGUUUAUAAAUGCAAUGGCCAUGGCAUGUCCAGAAGAAAGUGUUCCAUAGCACUUCUCAUAAUUGGAUUCUUACAUUCCUACCUCAUUUUGCUGCACUAUUUCUUGAACCUUACCAUGGGCCUGUUUAUUUUUGGUUCUUUGAGCAAUUUUAAGUCUCUGACUUGAUUGUUCUGCAUUAUAAAAAAAAGCUUCUCUGAAAAGUAUCAACCCAGAUCUCAGAUAAUAUAAACUUUUAGAAGGUAAUUUGCUAACAUGACCAUUUAGAACAAUAGCAAUAGUAGGUCCAACCUAGGAUUUUCUUGAUUUUUAAUGAGGUUUAUAGUGUCAGGAUCCUUCCACUAGAGAAGGGCUCAAAUCCAAUUAGAAAAUGUAGUAGGAGGCUGUUCAUUUUUUCCCGGCUGUUCAGCCCCCAAAUAACCACACAGAAACUGUAUUAAUUAAAUCACUGGU